CUACUUCGUUGCUAAGUAACGGCUCUAAUGCACUCCAUCCGCUCAAGAGAAGCUAGUUAAAUGCUACGUGUAAGAAUUUGGGAAUAUAGAUAUAUAAAACAGAUAAUUCAUAUUAGUUGAGAUUGCUGGUUUGAAGUCAUGGCAGAUAUCAAAGACGGAGAGUACACCGCUACAAUCUACAAAUUGAUAAAAGACAGUCAAUAUGUAGAAGCAAUUCACGUCCUAAACGGCCAACUUCAGAAACACACUAAGUCCAGGGCAGCACUGUCUCUGCUGGGUUACUGCUACUAUCACAUCCAGGACUUUGCCAGUGCUGCAGAAUGCUACGAGCAGCUCACCCAGCUACACCCAGAGGUUGAGGAGUACAAGGUGUACUACGCCCAGUCCCUGUACAAAGCAGGAGUUUAUUCUGAAGCCACCAAGGCUUCUUUUGUUCUGGAUAACCCCAGCAGUCACAUCAAGAUGGUGAAGCUGCAGGCAUGUAUUAAAUACUGUGAGGAAGACUACUCUGCUGCCAAGUUGUUGUUGGAACAGCUGCCGCAGGACGACCCAGACUACAUCUAUAACAUGGGAUGUUUACUCUACCAGGAGGGAAGCUAUGAGGAGGCAUGCAAGAGGUUCAUGUCUGCGAUGCAGGUGCUAGGAUAUAUGCCAGCGUUGUCCUACAACAUCGCUCUGACAUAUUACAGUCUGAAGAACUAUGAUCAGGCCCUCAAGUACAUCUCAGAGAUCAUCGAACAAGGAAUCAAGGAGCAUCCAGAGCUGAGCAUUGGGAUGACAACUGAAGGCAUGGAGGUCCACAGUGUGGGGAACACGCUGGUGCUGCAUCAGACAGCCCUGAUUGAAGCCUUCAACCUCAGAGCAGCCAUCGAAUACCAGAUGAAGAACUUGAAAGGAGCUCAGGAAGCUCUCACAGACAUGCCCCCAAGAUCAGAGGAGGAACUGGACCCAGUGACACUUCACAACCAGGCUCUGGUGAACAUGGACACAAAGCCAUCGGAAGGCUUCGAGAAGCUGGCCUUCCUCCUGCAGCAGCCCUCCUACCCCCCCAUCACCUUCGGAAACCUGCUGCUGCUCUACUGCAAACACGAGUAUUUCGACCUGGCAGCUGACGUCCUGGCAGAAAACGCCCAUCUCACCUACAAGCUCCUCUCCCCAUACUUGUACGAGUUCCUUGAUGCCUUGUUGACGUGUCAGACAGCACCAGAGGAGGCGUUCAGGAAGUUUGAGGAGAUGAACGUCAAAUUGGCGGAGCAGCUUCGGAAGCUGACAAAACAGGUGCAGGACACCAGGCAACCUCGAGACGAAGACCUGCAGAAGAAUGCUCUGCAGGACUUUGCACUGGUGCAAGAAAAGUACAUUGUGGUCCUCAUGGCACAGGCCAAGAUCUAUUGGAACCGGGAGAACUUCCAGGUGGUGGAGAAGAUUUUCCGCAAGUCGGUGGAGUUCUGCAAUGAUGACGACACCUGGAAGCUGAAUGUGGCUCACGUGCUCUUCAUGCAGAACAAAUACAAAGAAGCCAUCGGCUUCUAUGAGCCUAUCGUCAAGAAGCACUACGAUAACAUCUUGAAUGUAAGCGCUGUGGUCCUGGCCAACCUGUGUGUGUCCUACAUCAUGACGAGCCAAAACGAGGAGGCCGAAGAGCUGAUGAGGAAAAUCGAGAAAGAGGAGGAGCAGAUCUCCUAUGAUGAUCCGGACAAAAAGGUGUUCCACCUCUGCAUCGUCAACCUCGUCAUCGGGACUUUGUACUGUGCAAAGGGGAACUACGACUUUGGCAUCUCCCGAGUCAUCAAGAGCCUGGAGCCUUACAACAAGAAGCUGGGGACGGACACAUGGUUCUACGCCAAGCGCUGCUUUCUCUCGCUGCUGGAGAACAUGUCCAAACACAUGGUCAUGCUGCGGGACGCUGUGGUACAGGAGUGUAUUCAGUUCCUUGAGCACUGUGAGGCAUACGGGAAGGAGGUGCCCGCCAUCAUCGAGCAGCCCCUGGAAGAGAUCCACAUCCACAUCGGCAAGAACACCGUCACCUACGAGGCUCGACUGCUCAAGGCCCUGUUCUACGACGUCAUUGGCUGGAACAAGUGACAUCACGGUGCAGCCCAUGUUGAGGUUUGACCAGAAAGACAUAAUCCAGCUGAUGUUAAAGGAGCCUUCAAACUCGGCUCCACUCAGCAGCUCUGACACAUUGCAGGGAAUCAGUCACGUUCAUUACCAUUAAUUCUCUCUGGAUAAAAGAGUCAAGCAGACUUGGUUUCAGUAGUUUAUCUUUAUUCUGUUCACAUAAAUUUAAACUAAUAUGAGCUGAUUCAAGUUCAUCUACAAACAUUCAGUUCUGCUGCCUUAAUGUUUCACGCGGUUUUAUAGAUUUAUAUCUAGCUGAUUACAUGUUGAAAGCAGAAACAACUAUUUAUGAGGAAAAAUACAUUUGUUUGUCAUGUAAAUUAAAUAUUUGUUUUGAAUUGA